GAAUUGGAUGAUUAUGAAUUAAAAGAGAAUAAAUUAGAAGAGAAUGAAUUAGAGGAGAAUGAAUCAGAAGAGGAUAAAUCAAAGGAGGAUAAAUCAGAGAAGGAUGAAUUAGAGCAGGAUAAAUCAGAGAAGGAUGAAUUAGAGAAGGAUGAAUUGAAGAAGGAUGAAUUAGAGAAGGAUGAAUUAGAGGAGGAUCAAUUGGAGGAGAAUGAAUUAGAAAGUAGUAAAAAAAUAAAUUUUGAAUCAGAAGAGAAUUUUGAUAAUAUUGAAUUUAAUG